CCGAAAGGCCCCUUUCAAACCAAACUGUUAUUAAAGAGAGUGGUGUUCAGAACUCUGGCUUUAACUGAUAGCUUUUGAGGAUGCUUUUCAAAAGCUGUCUGUUCACAAUACUUUACUGCUGUGAGUUUCAGAGAUCAGCCAUGGGUGUUAGAGGCUUGCAGGGAUUUGUGGCAAGAGUUUGCCCUGAUGCGUGCCAAACGGUAGAUCUGAGGGAAAUGGCAGAAAAGCAUCGCAUUGAUCAUCCAGGUUCCCCGCCUGUUAUCGUAGUAGAUGCUAUGAGUUGCGUUAGACGCUGGUACACACCAGAAUACUGGGUGUGCGGUGGCCAGUGGCGCGAGUACCUUACCGUUUUACAGGAUUUUAUCAAUGCUUUUAUGGCAGCCGGUAUCAAGUUGGUGUUUUACUUCGACGGGGUGGUAGAAGAGAAAAAGAGAGAUGAGUGGAUCAAGCGGAGGAUGAAGAAUACUUGGGAAAUAACCAAACUAUUUUGGUUUAUCAAGACUGAAAGGAAACAGCCAGGGAAGGAAAUGUUUGUUCUUCCUUCAGCUCUGCCUACUUUUACACGUUAUGCCCUGAAAUCACUUGGUCAAAAAACAGUCUGCACAUUGCAAGAGGCAGACUUUGAGGUGGCUGCAUAUGGUUUGCAGCACAACUGUAUAGGAAUUCUGGGGCAAGAUAGUGACUACCUCAUCUAUAAUACAUGUCCCUACUUUUCCAUUGAGAACCUCCAUUUGGACAGACUGGUCACUGUUAUGUACUCUCGAGAAGUUCUUUGCCGUGUGCUGGGUAUUAGUUUGACACACCUUCCUCUCUUUGCAUGCUUGCUUGGCAAUGAUAUUGUUCCAGAAAGCAUGUUGGAAGGCUUUUGGCACAAAUGUUUGACCACCAGUCCCUGCAGGAAUAACAGCUACAACAGAAGAGCAAACAUACUGCUAUCUGUAGCGAAUUACAUCUCAAAAAUUCCGUGCUCGUACAGCGGCCUGAAACACUUGGAAGAGAUUCUGCCUCUGGGAUCAGACAAGACGUUGCUUUGCAGAGGAGUGAACUCCUAUCUCUUGCCUGGGCAGCAGUCUCCAUGGAUUCCUCCCGAUGUAACGAACUGUCAAAUGUUAGCCCUUCAACAACAAUCAGCACUCUGUCAAGAUAAAGAAAUCUUUCAGUUAGCUAAAGAGCAGCAUAUCCAAUCUGAAAAUUAUUUGAUCUUCAAUAUCCUGAGUCAUGGAGAGAUUGACUGCAGCAACUCCUUGGAAGAUGACUUUGAUACAGACAUUCCUGGACAGGCGCUUAUCUACCGCCCUGUUCGUCAGCAUGUUUAUUCUAUCUUGUUGGAAUCUGAAAAAGAUGGAACCUAUCCUUUGGUAAAAGAGUGGUUUGUCUAUUUUGGAAAUUCUCUCAGGCAACCGGACCUGAUACAACCUGUACAACCUUCUGUCACAGGUGGAACACCUAAUUUGAAAACACUGUGGUUUGCCAAAGGGCCUGACGUGGAGAAGCAACGGUAUAGUACAUUUCUGGCAUGCUUUUACCUUCAAGAUGAGAUGGAAGAAUUCCAAGCUCUGGAAGCACCUGUUGCAGGAUUCUGCUGCUUGCUGGCUUAUCUUAUGAUGCAGGUCAGUAGCCUCUCUCUGGAGGACUUAAAUGCAUUUCUGGCACUCCUUCUCUGCCUCAAAGGGAAGUCAGCAGCUCAACUGACAGGCCUGCAGCUUGAAGAGGUAGACUCCAGAGCUGUGCAUCUGGGUGCUGUCCUUAUCCGUGGCCUUACGACUUUGCUCAUGGCCAACAGUGCCUGUGGCUUUCCAUUCAGGAUGGAUGAUCUGAUGCCUUGGGCAGUGUUUGAUGGAAAACUUUUUCAAGAAAAAUACCAGCAGUCACACCGAGGUUGCUCUAUGGAAGAACUUUUGGAAGGCAAUGAGUCACUGUACACACCCUUCCAAAAUCUGAAGUCUCUCAUUUGCAAGGUUUGCAAGGCAAAGAAAAGAAAGAUACGGAGCAGACUGAGAGGGAAGGGAUUUGACAAAGGUUGGUAUUGUGUGAAUUUUCUCGAUAAAGUUAAUAUAUUGAUGAGCUAAAUUAUCCUUCAACAG